CCAAUGUCCAUGUUUGAUGUCGGCUAGCUAAAACACCUGACUAGCUUUGAAUGUUGUAGCCAGAAAGAUAGAAGUUUGCAACCAGUACAUUGAAGUUGUCCAGUGAUAUUGCUUUACUUACCUGUGUGUCGAGUUUGAAUAUGUCUGAGCAAUUUCUUGAAGUAGACAGAUUACGCUCUGUACUGUUACAAGACAUUGGUGAAGUUGACAGUGCAGCCAAAACCAUCACGGAAGAAUCCUUUAGCAGCCAGGAAGUUUUGACGCGAAUAGAGGGCGUAAUCCUUGACAUUAUAAAAAGUUUAUCCAGAGGGGAAGCGCCAGUGCUGGCCCUGCAAAAUCGUAAUACUUGGUCAAAUAUAAGCUUCGACAGUGCUGUGGGCCUUCACAUGAGCUCAGACGCCUCCGUCAGCACGCUCCGCAGUGACUGCGCCUCCUCCGUCAGCAGGCUUGCAUUAAUUCUGAAAGUCCUCUCAACUAUUUACAAACUCAUCCAGAGUAACUCCUACGCGACGAAGAGGGACAUUUAUUAUAACGACACACAGCUGUUCCGCUCCCAGAAGACCGUGGACGCCAUUGUGGAUGACAUCUCAUGUAUGCUCAAGGUCCCACGCAGAAACCUCCAUGUGCUUGCCACAUCAAAAGGAUUCAUCUCUGGUGAUCUGUGCUAUUUGGAAGAAGAUGGCACCAGAGUUGACUGCAGCUCCAGUUCCACUGCCAUUCCUGUGUCAUCUAACGUCUGUGGAAUAAGGAAUAUUGUAUCAUCUGCUAAGUUUGUUCUGAUUGUGGAGAAGGACGCAACAUUCCAGAGGCUGUUGGAUGACGACUUCUGCACUAAGCUGUCUCCAUGCAUCAUGAUAACCGGGAAGGGUGUCCCCGAUGUGAACAGCAGGCUGAUGGUGCGUAAGCUGUGGGACACUCUGCACGUCCCCAUCUUUGCACUGGUGGACGCAGACCCACAUGGAAUCGAAAUAAUGUGCAUCUACAAGUAUGGAUCCGUGUCUAUGUCGUUUGAGGCGCACAACCUGACCGUUCCCAGUGUGCUGUGGUUGGGGCUCCUGCCGUCCGACAUUGAGAGACUCCGGGUGCCACAGGAAGCUCUGAUCCCGCUGACCCGACACGACGAGAGCAAGCUGCGGAGCCUAAGGAGCAGGCCGUACCUCACCUGCCAGCCCCAAUGGGACAAAGAGAUGCAGAUCAUGGAGAGACUCAAGCAUAAAGCUGAGAUCCAGUCCCUGGCCUCCAUAGCCUCUGACUUCCUCACACGCGUCUACCUGCCAAACAAGCUGCGAUAUGGGGGCUGGGUGUAAGCUUACCGCCUCCUGCUGGAGAAACUACUACAUGACUAACCUCUCAGCAGUACCAGUCAUUUUUCUGCAUGUUGCAUUGCUGUUAGGGCCUUCAUUUGUGUAACAAUAUUGAAGUGUAGUAACAUGGCAUUUCACCAUUUGUUAGUUACUUUGUAAUUGAUAAUCCUGAAUUUAGUAAAUAAGACCAAAACUGGU